AUGUCAGAUCAACAACCCUUGUAUAUUUCAGGUCGCCAGUUACAACGCCGACGCACAGUCGAGACUUCGAUUGACGAAGCAGUUCAAGCAUGUCAUCCUCGACUCAGAUCGGCUCUUGAAGAGAUAUGUCAAAGGCCUUACGAAGUAACAACUAAAGAACAACUGCAAGAAUACAGAGACGCAGCAACUGGAUACAAUGCAAAAUCUUUUCUGAAGGAGUAUCACGCUCAAUACGCCGCCAAUCUUGAACAUGUGGAGUGGUCAUUCGAGCGCGACGGCUACAUAAUCAAUUUGACCAUUUUUCGUCCUUCAGAUGACAGUCCAGUCGGCAGUCGUCCAUGUUUUUACUAUAUCCACGGCGGUGGGUUCGUAUCUGGCGACCCAUUGAGCGGCAUGAGAACAAUCAUUCCUUUGAUCCACAAUCACAAGGCGCUAGUUGCGACUGUGAAGUACCGUCUUGCACCGGAGUGGAAAGCCCCUACCCAGCUGGAAGAUUGUUACUAUGGACUGUUAGAAGUGUGGAAGGAACGAAAGGCUCUUGGGAUCAAUGACCGGGUGCUCCUCGUUGGACGCUCUGCCGGUGCGAAUCUGGCCGUCGGUGUCGCUCUCCGUGUUCGUGAUAGUCAGGACGAAGAGAAACCGCGGAUAUGCGGACAGAUGCUUUAUAAUCCGAUGCUUGACCAUACUAGCAGAAUGGCAUUGAAGGAAUUUUCGUAUUCACCAGCCCACACACAGAAAAAUGGCAAAUUUUUCUGGUCAUGCUAUCUUGGAGAUGAGAAAGAGUCAGUCACGAUCUAUACUGUCCCAUACACCGCAGCUGUUCAAGACCUUGUCGGCCUUCCGCGGACUUUGAUAGACAUUGCGGAAGUAGAUUGUUUAUCUACCGAAGCCCGAGACUUCGGCGACCGCCUAAAAGCGGCAGGAAACGAUGUCAAAAUUAAUUCGUGGAAGGGACUCUUUCAUUGUGGUGAUAGGACACUUCAAGCUCAGGUCGGCAUGGGUUGGGGGUUCCUUGUGUGAUUCAUGAACCUCAUUUUGCUCGGACGCGAUGGAUCCGUGGCAGUCUGUGUGUGCUUUUUAGUUUGUGAUAGUUAAGCUCCGUGGAAAUCAAUGAACUGUACGCAACGCAGCUCCUCAUUCCAGAGUAUGUUAGAAUCGUGUAGAUCGCCAUGUCUGACGGCCAGUCGUUGAAAAUCUCGCUCCACUGUCCCUUAAUUGAUUGCUU